CUUUUGCAAAUCCUACAUUCCCAACAAGAUUCAGCACAACAGAUUUCUCAGCAACUUGGGUGGCAGGAGACACUGACUCGACUGUUCCUGAAAGAGCACGCCGAUGUCAGGAACGGUGUGAGGGACACCAAAAGUGAUUCUGCUAAAGGAGAUGACAGGCGUGCUUCUGCCAAAGACCACCAGCAAUGUCGUACUUCCAAGGCCGAUGGGGAAGAUGGCGCCAGUUUUGCGUCUGUCAAUGGUUCUUGUGAUCAAUGGAGCUUAGAAGACGGCAGAUCUGUGACAGUGAUGGAGGAUACAUCCGUGGGGGAGAUGUCCUUUCGGCCUGAGGACCAGGAGGACUUGUGGCAGAAGAAUCCACAUUUAAGCUUAGACCUCUCAAGUGUUGACUCGUAUGAACUGGGGGACAGCGGGAGCCAGAUGGCAGACAGUCUGCCCAGCACCCCUUCUCCCAUUGAGAAUACAAAGACAUUUUCUGGACAGCUUGACAAGGAACCAGAGGACCUGGUAUUCACAGCUGAUCUUUCCUUAUUCGAAAUUCAUGAGGCAUGUGAAGAAGAUCUCCUUCAGCUUCUGACAGAUAUUUUGCUUUGCGUGAUGUGGAAAGGCAUCGAGAGAUCAGAUGACGCAGCUUGGAUUGAGAAGGGUCAGGUUUUUUCUGCACUUACCAAAUUGGGCACCUCUAAUGAAUUACUACGACCAUCAGAUGAGAUUAAACUCAAGUAGGUCAAAUUCUUACUU